AUGGCUAAAACUAGCAUCGACUUGAUCGACGAUGUUGACAUGUUCCCGUAUGCCGAUACCGACCCUGAUGCGUUCACCAAGAUGAACGCUGGUCUCUACACUCUCGUAUGGGAAGAUGCUCAGGGCACUUAUCCCAUCGGUUAUAUCCUCGACCGUGUCUUUCAAGAGCUCCUCAAGGUGCCCGAGGACGUCCGGGGCAAGAUGGAGUAUGACACAGAGAAACGGACCGUUGCGCUCUUCAAGGAGCCCACAGAGCAGGAGCGCACUCGCCGUGUUGCGGCUCUAGGGGACUACUGGCGCCAGAACAAGACAUUUCCCUUGCUCCGUGGCUGGCGCAACGAGCUCUGGCCUGUCUACGGCCGCACUGGUGAGCUACUGUUUAGUAUGGAGCGUGCGGCGAUGGGUUUGAUUGGAACGAUGCGAUAUGGCGUCCACAUGAUUGCCUACGUUCGGGAUGAGACUGCACCACAUGGCCUUCGGCUCUGGGUGCCUACACGUGCCCGGAACAAGUCAACGUUUCCUAGCAUGCUCGACAACACGGUAGCUGGCGGCCUCAUGACAGGCGAGGAUCCUUUUGAGUGUGUCAUCCGAGAAGCCGACGAGGAGGCCAGCCUCCCAGACGAGACUGUCCGUAAGGGUGCCAAGUUUGUCGGCAACGUCACAUAUAUCUACAUCACGGAUGCAGGGCAGGUCGGCGAGGGCGGCUUUAUUUAUCCCGAGUGCCAAUGGGUCUAUCACCUCGAGCUCCCCAGCGACGUGGUGCCCCAGCCCAAGGACGGCGAGGCCGAGAGGUUCGACCUGUGCGACGUCGACCAGGUCAAGGCGGACCUCGCCAAGGGGCGCUUCAAGCCAAACUGCGCGCUCGUCACGCUCGACUUUUUCAUCCGACACGGAAUCCUCACCCAGGAAAACGAGCCCGAGAUUGAACAGAUCAAACGGAGGGUGCGCCGUGACAUUCCUUUCCCAGGUCCACACCAGAGCAACUGGCGCCCGGCUUGA